AUGCUGCUGUGGUUAUUGUUGAUCGGCAUGGCCAUGGCCAGCCCGCUGCUCGAAGUUCGUAGUCCGACAAGCGCAGGUUCUCUCAAAAGCAACGGAUCGGCAGACGCUGCCGAUCUCGACAAACAAAUGUCGUCAACAUCAUCUUUCGAAGAGAGAGGCAUCACUCAGUAUGGAGUCUACUACGGUGCCAUCAUUUGGGCAGUCGGUGUUUGCGGAAAAAACAGAGUUCUUUCGCCGCUCAUCAACGUCGAUAUCUCCAUCGCCACAUCUGGAGAGACGCAGUAUCCCUUCGCUUACCCCGUCGACACGUAUGCCAAGGUUGUCCAGGAAGUUCCUCAGCGCGGGGACACGCGCUGUUGCUCGGGCACAGUAGUCACCACGAGCUGGAUCAGAGCUGACAAAGUCGAACCUUCAACUGCAAAAGGCGAGUCGCUGUACAUGGAGAUGAAGUGCCAGAACGAUGGCACGAUCGCUUGUCGCGACGCUUUCCCUGUGCCGGAGUCCGGUCGCUGCAACAUCAUCCGUUCGGGCAUCGAAAUUGUCUCCUCGCUCAAAGCAGCAACGGCUUCGUAG